AUGGAUCGCUGGAAAGAUAGAGUGGCGCUUGUUACUGGGGCUUCUGUUGGAAUCGGAGCGGCUAUUUGCAAGGCUCUUGUCCAGCACCGCAUGAAGGUUGUCUGCUGUGGGCCAUGUGAUGUGACGCAAAGCGUAAGUGUAGCCUAUUUGUUGUUGCUACUAUUUCAAUUGUGAUGACUAGGCUACUAUUCUACUAUCUUAGCCCAAUAUUGGACUAAAGGAGCCUAACAUUAUUAACAUUAACAAGCUAUUAUAGCUUACUACAGUCUAAUGACGCCUGAUCUAUGUAAAUUGUGAAGUAUUCUUUGCAAACGGUUUCAUUACUUUUAUGAUGUGUUCCACAGUCCUCACACUAGAAUAUGAUAUUGUAGAAAACAUUCUGUGUCAAAUGAAGCACAUUUGUGAAUUAUUCUCAUAUGGCUUGUUAAAUUGCGUCAAUUCAAAUCUGGUAUUAGGAACAAAAGAGGUCAAUACACGUCUUCUAAAUAGACUAGUAUUUUAAUUAAUGCAAACCACUUCAAUGGUAAAUAUGAUGUUCGUAUAUACGGGUCCACUGAAAUACCUCGCAGGGCACUCAGAGAACUAAGCCAUUGUUAUGAGUUCUUCUUAAAAUACUCGGACAGAGAUAGUUCCCGCUCCCUGCUGGCCAAUCAGAGUAGAGACUGAGCGUGGUUUAGACUUACUCAGCCAAUCCGUUGGCGCACAGGCUGGUCCCAGACCCUUGGCGCUCCACUGUUGCCAGGUGUCUAGUUGUUUUGCAACUUAUCCAGAAAGUCAGCACUUUUGCAGUACACGUCCUUGGACGGUUCACAGAUCACAAAGAGGCAGUGUAGUCUAAUAUUUUGAGACACAAGUUCUUAUCUCCCCCUACUCCCUAAAACAGCUCCUCACAUUAAUCACAGCUUGUUAGGGGAAACAAUUUAUAUCAGUACAGUACAAACCCUUCAUACUUAAUCAUCAAUGCAUUCCUUCCAAGGUAGUCAUCACAUCCAGCUAUGAGAAAAUAGAUCCCCACAGGCUUCACCACGGCAUUUUAACCUAUGGAACAUAGUGCAUGAAGUCCUCGUACCUCUUGAUUUUAGAAACUGCCAGCAGAGUAUCAGAGCAAUGGGCAUAGUGGCACCAUUGUUCCCUACAAAUGUGACCUGAGAAUAUCCUUUCCAUGUUCUCUGCCAUCAAGACUCUCCAUCAGGGAGUGGAUGUGGUCAUCAACAAUGCUGGCCUGGCCCAUCCAGAGCCACUGUUGAAUGGCAAAACAGAUGGCUGGAGGAAAAUGAUUGAUGUAGGUGCGACUCUCAAUGAUCUCUGUGUUUAUGUCAACUGCUGUCCAUAUUUAUAUAUUUGUUUAUUUUUAAUUUAAGUGAUUUAGAAGACACUCGAGCGAUUUACAGUCAAAAAGCAAGGGAUUAUUGUCGCUAUUCUGUGUCAUGCUUCCAUCAUUUAAAAGCAUUUGUUAUUGAUGUACAUUUUAAUCUCUGUGUUAAUGUCACUAUCCAUAUUUAUAAAAAAAAAAAAAAAAAAACAAGGGAUGGCGUCACGUUCUGUGUCAUGCACUCCAUCAUUUAAUAUCACAUUGAUAUUUAACGGAUGUAUUUUACAGGUGAAAAUCAUUGCAUUGUCUAUCUGCACACGAGAGGCAUACCAGUCUAUGAAGGGAGAGGAAGGUGGAUGAUGGACACAUCAUAAAUAUAAACAGCUGUGACUGCCCUGACAGAGGAGCUGCGGCAAGAGCUGCGAGAGGCUAAAACCCACAUUCGAGCCACGGUAAGUUAUUUAUUCCUAGUAUUUUUAUUAGAAAGAUUUCAUUCUAUUGUAAAUGAGAUGAUAAAUCGUCCGUAGCCACCCAGCACUGAAUUGUGCUGAUUUAUCAUAUUGUGAGUACAGUACACCAACAGUACACUACUGAAAACAAUGGUGUUCUAUUAUUGGCAACAUACCACAUUGAUGUUUAAAAUCAACAUAUUUAUCUAGCUAAUGCAUAAUGUAAUCGUUAGAGACAUCUAAUGUAUAACUGACACUAACCCAGUUUUUCUGUUUUCCUCUGGACAGUGUAUAUCUCCUGGUAUGGUGGAAACAGAAUAUGCUUUCCGGCUUCACAGCCUCCAUCCAGAGAAGGCUGCUGCUACCUACGACAAUAUGAAGGUGAAUAAUAACAAUAAUAAUGAUAUCUGUGCAUACAGGCUAUACGAUUGUUUUUGAAUGUGUACGUUAUAAUUCUACUGCCUUCCUACAGUGUUUGGAAGCAGUCGACAUUGCCAGUGUUGUAACGUAC